ACAGGGUUUGCUGACGCCUUCCUGACGUCAUCACUACCAGUCCUGUUUACGUGGAUAAUAUGGCGCCCGAGAGGUGGCUUUUUAAGGAUUAACAUGUCCACGAACAACGACAAUGGAAGACCAAGAGAGACAGAAGAAACUGGAGGCCGGUAAAGCAAAGCUUGCUGAAUACCGACAGAGGAAAGCAGAUGGACAGAAGAAAAGCAAGAAGAAGAGGAGAACGGCGGAGGCCCAGGGCACGGGCACAGGCACGCGGGAUGAGGAGGCGCGCGACCAACCGUCGGGCCAGGAGAGGACACGGAGCGGAGCCGACUCCCCUGCCACUGAGUUUACCAUCAGCAGGAAGCUGCGCAGUGGAGAAACGGUCAAACAUGACCAGACCUUCACCAUAGAGCCUGAAAGUGAGGUGUCCACUACAGCAGAAGACUGCACAUCUGAGGAGGAGGACCUGGGUGUCCCCGGGCCUGGGUCCAAUGGGGACGAAGGCUGGCGAGCCCGGCUGCGGGCGAUGGAGGACGAGCUGACGGCGAAGCAGCAGGCGACGGAGGAGGUGACCAAGGAGCUGGAGGAGCUCAGGGCCGCCUUCGGCGCAGAGCUGCAGAACUUCGAGGCGGCCAUAAACCAACGCGACGGCAUCAUCACGCAGCUCACCACCAACCUGCAGCAGGCUCGCAAGGAGAAGGACGACAUCAUGAGGGAGUUCCAGGAAAUGACAGAUCGAAGUCAGAAACUGCAGAUCCAGUUCCAGCAGCUGCAAGCGGGUGAGAACCUGCGGAACAGCAGCCACAGCAGCACCGCGGCGGACCUCCUCCAGGCCCGGGUGCAGAUCACCAGCAUCCAGCAGCAGGUCGAGCAGAGGGAGACCCAGGUGAAGGUCUGCUCGGAGAAGAUGGAGGAGCUGCAGCUGCAGAUCGGUCAGCUUCAGCAUAGACUCGGCCAAUCUGAAACGUUGGGAAGAACGCAAGAAGAACAUUUUUUGCAAACGUUAAACGAAAAGGAUACGCUGAUCGCAGAACAGAAGAGGAUUACAGCUGACCGCGAAAGCUUGCUGACAACGGUGAAGAACGAUCUGGAGGAGUCGCAGAAGUCGCUGGACGACCUCAGAGCGCAGGCAGCCGAGCGAAGCCGAGAGCUGGAGAGCUGUCAGGGUGAGUUGUCCGGCUCGAAGCAGAGGGAGCGCAUGUCGUCCAGCGAAAUACGGCAGCUGAUGGCCACCGUGGAGGACCUGCAGAAGCGCAGCCACAAAGACGGCCGGUCGGAAAGCGACGUGGCGCAGAAGUUCGAGGCGGACGCGGAGAGGAAGAUGGAUCAGCUGAGGGCCGAGCUGGACGAGAUGUACGGGCAGCAGAUCGUCCAGAUGAAGCAGGAGAUGCAGACGCAGCACUCGACGGAGGUGCGCAGGCUGAGGGAGCGGGACAGGCUGGAGCUGGAGGCGCUGCGGGCUCAGUGCUCCGCGAACGCGGAGCAGAUGGACGCGCUGAGCCUGAGGAUCGCCGAGCUCCAGCGGGACGCGGGAGCGGCGGAGGCGCUGCAGGAGAAGGCGCGGCGCGAGCUGUCGUCCGCGUCCGAGGAGAAGCUGAAGCUGCUGGGCCGGGUCGAGGACCUGAGGCAUGAGCUCCGCUCCGUCAGGAAGGCGGAACGGGCCUCCCAGACCGCGACCGGCCAGGAGGGGAAGAACGGGGAGGUCCAGAGGCUACAGGCCACCAUCGGCCACCUGGAGGCCCAGCUGGCAGCCGUUCAGGAGGCCAACAGGGACCUGGAGUCCAAGCACGAGUCGGAAGUCACCAACUACAAGAUCAAGCUGGAGAUGCUGGAGCGGGAAAAGGACGCGGUGCUGGGCAGGAUGGCGGAGUCCCAGGAGGCCGAGCUGGAGAGGCUGAGGACACAGAUGCUCUUCAGCCACGAGGAGGAGCUCGCCAAACUGAGGGAGGACCUGCGGAAGGAGGGCGCGCUGCACCUGGAGAACCUCCGGGACGAGAUGGCCCUCAAGCAGGAGCGCGCCGUCCGCGACCUUCAGAAGGGUCUCCAGGAGCAGCUGCGGGCGACGAGGUGCGAGAAGGAGAGUUUGGCCGCCGAGAAGGUGGCGCUGUUGAAUAAAAUCAACGUGCUGGAGGAACGUCUGAAUCGGUCUCCAGAGAGCGCUAGCGCCAAGGAGCUAGCCGCGCGGCUGGAGGAACAUCAGGCAGAGAUGGAGGGGAUUAGACGAGAAGAAAAGGACAAGGGUGCGGAUUUGUUGAGAAAGACUGAAGUGGUCAUAAGGAUGGACGAGGAGAGACAGAAAGCUUGGAAGCCUCAGUCAGGAAACAUCAGUCUUAAAGAAAGCAGUGAAGCCGUCAAAGAAGAAAGAGAGGGAACGCUUGAACAAAACCGACGUUCAAGGACACAGGGGAAGGCCCUGGCUGUAGAAAAUGAGCAAUUGUACGAGCGACAAAUAGAGAAAGGUGAAAUUCAAAAACGGCACAGCACGUUCUCUUUCACUGAGAAAAACUUCGAGGCGGAUUAUGAGGAGCUGAAGGAAGAAUAUGCCUGCCUCCUUAAGGUGAAGGGAGAACUGGAAGCAGAGAUUCUCAGGGUGACAGCGGACUACGAGGUGAAACUGAGCGACCUGCAGUCGCAAAUUCGGAAGCUGCAGGAGUGCGAAGCUCAGCCCCGCGGUCUGCAGAGAGACAAUGGCGAGGCGGACAAAAUGGAGGAUUUCACCGACGGCAGUAAAUCAAUGGAAGAAAACGCAGGCGGGCUCACCGAGGCGCUUCAGCGGGGCGAGAGCGGGCCGUCUCCGCGGCGAUCCGAGCCGCCGGCGCUGAGAGGCGACGAGGCAGAGCAGGCGAUGGGGGACGCGCGGCGGGCCAGCGCGGAGAGAGACGGGCGGCGGGAUGUCGCCAUGGGAACGGCGAGCGCGGGGCUGCCUGCGGUCCUGGCCCGCGGCGGCGGCUCCUGCUCGAGCCGGGAUCGUCACCGGCGGCGGAGCGAGCCGUCGGGGGCGGGGGCGGGGGAGGGGGCGCCCUCCCCCUCCCCCUCCCCGCUGAUCGUCGCCGGGGGAGACGGCGUCGCCCGGGCGCCUGAAGAGCGGCCGCCGCGCGAUCUGUCUGGCGGGGGGAGGCGGUCCGCGGGGCCGUCCGUCUCGGGUCCGCGCGCGGGGGGGGGCGCCCCGGCGGGAGAGGCUCCUCGCGGGGACCCCGGGCGGAGCGAAGCGGAUUCGGCCGCGGCGCAGCGGGAAGCCCAGGCUCAGAGGGAGGAGAGGCUGAGGAUGCUGCGUACGCCGCAGCGCGGGGAGAGGAGCGCGACGCCGCGGCAGGCUGCCGCUCUCGGACAGGAGGAGUUUCAGCUGCAGUUCGAGGCCCUGCGCAUCAGCCUCUCGCAGAUCUGCGCCGCGCAGCUGGAGCUACAGAAGGAGGGCCUCCAGGUGGAGCGGGAGGCCUGCCUGCGCAGGCAGGAGCAGCAGCUGCGCGAGGAGCACCUCCGGGAGCUGCAGGACCUGAGGGGGCCGCAUUCAGGUCCGGGGGAAAGUUUUCGGUCCCCGGAGGAGGCGGCCAGCCUGGAGGCUCAUUUCCAGGAGCAGCGGACCCGUCUGGAGGAGCAGCACAGCCGGGAGGUCGAGCGGCUGCGGGCUUCCCUCCAGCAGGAGGCCCGGCGUACCGAGGAGCGGCACGCGGCUGAGCUGGUGCUGCUGAAGCAGAGGCUGCUGGACCUCACCGCCUCUCCAGCUCUGCCCAGCUUUUCAAGAGAAUCACAGUUCACUGUACCCAACGAGGAGGAAAGUGAGGAAUAUAAGCGCCGUGCGGAGCUGGAGAGACUCGCGGACGAUCGUGGUGCCGGGGGGGCGCAAGCAGUGGAGCCGGAGGCCUCCCCCGCUACUGGGCACCACCCCGGGGGCAUCAACGGAGGAGUGUGGUCCAUGGAAGGCCACGAGGCGGCACAGCUGAUCCAGACCCUGGAGAGACAGCACCAGGAGAGGGUGGAAGAGGAAAUCGCAAAGGUGAUAGUGCAGAUGUCCAUUGAGUUUGCACAACAGACCGAACUGGCGAGGAUCGCCAAGGAAGCAAGGGAGGCCGCGACCACGACGCAGACCCGCCGUGAUGAAUUCGGGGGAGCGGACGAGCCGACGCCCGGGGUCGGGGGGCCCGGGGGAGGGGCGGCGCAGACUGGGCGGGGCUUCGCGGCAGAACGAGACGGGCGGGAGGGCGAACUUGAGCGGCCUGCGGAGGUCCUUUCCCCGCGUCUGAACGAAGCCCCCCCGGGCGGCCAGGGCCUGUCCUGCGGAGGGAACGAGGGUGCUGGGCUCCUGCUUUCACCCAAACCGCCGAGGGUAACCAGGCAACACGCUGAGUUACAGAAUGAAGAAGCGGACAAGAGGCCACGAGGGGGAGGAGUCAGCUCCGGAAGCCUGCCUCCAGACAUAAGCCAAUCAGACGUUUCCCCUGAUGUUAUUACGAAUGAAAGGAACCUGCUCCGCCGGGCCAACCGAAACCUGCGCCAAGUGUUGAGCGACGUUCUGAAGACCACGGCCGCCACCGAGGAAACCAUCGGCCACUACAUGGAGGGCCUCCUGGACGCCUCCGCAGGGAAGCAGCCUGCGCCGCGGGCUAGCGGGCAGAGGGCCUCAGCUGGUGCCUUUCAGGACUACAGUUCCCAUAAUGCCGGGGCUGGUGGAGGUGGAGAUGCGCUGCCUGGUGGUUGCCAUGGCAGCCAGGCCGAGGUGGGAGACGAUGACGCGAGCGCGUGGUCGGGGGGGACGGAGAGCGACGAGGGGCUGUCGAGCCUGCCGACGGGGGCGGAGCCUCGGCUCGAGAACGAGGAGUACCUCAUGAACAUCAGCUCCCGCCUCCAGGCCGCCGUGGAGAAACUCCUGGUGGCCAUCACUGAAACCACCAAUCAGCUGGAGCAUGCGCAGGUCACUCAGACGGAGCUGAUGCGGGAGUCGUUCAGGCACAACGAGGAGAUGGUCGAGCUCCUGAGGAGGCAGGAGGAGCUGCAGGAGAGCCUGAACGAGGAGGCCCAGGCCCGCCAGCGGCUCGCUCUGGAGCUCCACAGGGCAGAAGGUGUGAUCGAUGGGUACUCGGGGGAGAGGGCGGUGUUGGAGCGGAAGCUUGGCGAGAAGCAGGAGCUGCUGCUGCACCUGGAGCAGCAGCUGCAGGUGACCGGCAGCCGCCUGCAGGAGCUGGAGCAGGAGCGGCGGCAGGUGCACCGGGAGAAGGAGCUGCUGGCGCGGCAGCAGAGCGCCAUGAGAGACGGCACCGGGUCCCGCGAGCUGCGGCUAGUUGAAGCUGCAGUCGUUGCAGCACCUGAAGCAGACCUACUGGAGGAGACCGAAAAGCUGAUGAAGGAGAAGGUCGAGGUGCAGCUGCAGGCCGAGAAGGACAGCGGCGACCUCCUCAAGCGGCUGAAGUGUCUGGAGGCCGAGGUGGAGGAGCGCGCCAGCAGGGAGGUGGAGCUGGAGGAGGCGCACACGGUCGAGCGCAGCGACCUGAGGCAGCAGAUCCAGGCCCUGGAGAAGCAGGUGGAGAAGAACCGCAGGUUCCUGGACGAGCAAGCUGUCGAUCGGGAGCACGAGAGAGACGUCUUUCAGCAGGAGAUCACGAAGCUAGAACAACAACUGAAGAACGCACAAAAGCAGCAGCCUAGCACUGACCAAUAUAACAAAGAGGUGGACCGGCUGACCGCCCAGCUGCAGGAGAAGUCCGACAGGUGCAGCGAGCUCCUGCUGCGCUCUGAGCAGCUGCAGAGGGAGGUCCAGGACGGCGGCGAGGAAGUCGAGAGGCUGGAGACGCGCGUGCGGGAGCUGGAGCAGGCCCUGCUCGUCGGCACGGAGACGCCGCAGGUGGAGCAGAAGAGUCCGAAUCCACCUGAAAAGGGAACACUGGACACUACCCUGGAGGUGGAGCUGCAAACUGAAAGAGAGGCUCUGGACAGAAAGGAGAAGGAGAUCAGUAACCUGGAGGAGCAGCUGGAGCAGUUCCGGGAGGAGCUGGAGAAUAAGAGCGAGGAGGCGCAGCAGCUCCACAUGCAGCUGGAGAUACAGAAGAAGGAGCUGAGCUCCCAGCAGGAGGACCUGCAGCACAGGGGCGACCUGCUGAAGGCGCUGGAGGAUAAGAGCGAGCUGGUGAGAGAGCUGGAGUCCCAGGUGGAGUGCAUGAGGGCCGAGCAGGAGCGCCUGAAGAAGAACCGCGAGGUGGAGACCGAGCAGCUGAACGCCGUCAUCGAGAAGCUGCAGCAGGAGCUCUCCACCAUCGAGCGCCAGACGCCCGACGAGGGCCCGCGGGACGCGGACCGCGCGAGCGCCCGGGCGAGAGAGGAGGUCCGCGUCGCCGGGGGCGACGACGGCGGCGAGGCGGAGCGGGCGGCUCGGGAGUUGGCCGCGCUGCGGGCCAGCCACGGCUCCUUGCUGGAGAAGUACGAGCGCCUGCGGGAGGAGACGUCCGGCGACAACAGGCUGCCGGAGCUGGAGGAGGCCCUGCGGGCGAAGACGGCCGCCUGCCUGGUCAUGCAGGCUCAGGUCCAGGCCUUGGAGGAGAGCGCCGGCUGCAGGGUGGGCAGCCUGGGCGCGCGGAUCGCCGAGCUGGAAGCCUGCGUGGGGGAGAGGGACGCGGAGCUGGAGCGGUGCGGGCUGCGGGUGCAGCAGAGCCAGGCGGAGGCGGCCGCCCUCCGCCGCCGGGUCUCCGAGCUGGAGGACAAGCUGAGGGAGAAGGUGGCCGCCGCGCUGGUCAGCCGAGCCGAGCUGGGGGCCGUACGGGAGCACGCGAAGGCGCGGGGGGCCGGAGGGCCGCGGGGCGAGGCGUCGGAGGAGCCGGAGGGGCGGGCGCGGGGCGGCCGGCGGAGGGACGGGGGCGCGCCCCCCGCCCCGGGCGCCCAAACGGACGAAAACCCGCUGGCCGCGAAAGUGACCCUUUGGACGGAGAAGCUGCGGGAGCUGGAGGAAGGUCUGCGCGGCAUGCAGGAGGACCAGGAGCUCCAGAAGCAUCUGCUGUCCAGCUCCGGGGAGGAGGUGGCGGAGUACGAGGAGAGGCUGGCCGUGCUGAUGGAUCUCCUCAGCCGGAUCACUGCAAGGCCGGGGAGCCAGAGGCCACCACUGCCGCCAGUUAGCACAUCAGAGACAGCUAUUGGAGAGGACCCUGCUGCUGCGUCAGACCUGCUACAGGAAGUCACACAGGAAGCUGCAGCUGCUAAAGAGGAGCUGAACAGCUACAGGGAAAGAAGUGACAAGCUACAGGAGGAGCUGCAGGAGAGAGAAGUGACUAUAGCACAGCUUAGAGAAGAACUCCAUACGGCAUCGAUGAGAGGCCCCACCGGUGAAGAAGAUCCUGCCGUCUUGUCCAAACUGCUACAGGAGGUCAAACGGGAAGCUGCUGCCACUAAAGAGGAGCUCAACAGCUACAGGGAAAGAAGCGACAAGCUACAGGAGGAGCUACAGGAGAGGGAAAUGACUAUAGCACAGCUUAAAGAAGAGCUCCAUACGGCAUCGAUGAGAGGACCCAGCGGUGAAGAAGAUCCUGCCGUCUUGUCCAAACUGCUCCAGGAGGUCAAACGGGAAGCUGCUGCCACUAAAGAGGAGCUCAACAGCCACAGGGAAAGAAGUGACAAGCUACAGGAGGAGCUAAAGGAGAGAGAAGUGACUAUAGCACAGCUUAAAGAAGAACUCCAUACGGCAUCGAUGAGAGGACCCAGCGGUGAAGAAGAUCCUGCCGCCUUGUCCAAACUGCUACAGGAGGUCCAACGGGAAGCUGCUGCCACUAAAGAGGAGCUCAACAGCUACAGGGAAAGAAGCGACAAGCUACAGGAGGAGCUACAGGAGAGAGAAAUGACUAUAGCACAGCUUAAAGAAGAACUCCAAACGGCAUCGAUGAGAGGACCCAGCGGUGAGGAACAUCCUGCCGUCUUGUCCAAACUGCUACAGGAGGUCAAACGGGAAGCUGCUGCCACUAAAGAGGAGCUCAACAGCUACAGGGAAAGAAGCGACAAGCUACAGAAUGAGCUGCAGGUCAGGGACAUAUCCAUAGCCCAGCUACAAGAGGAGCUCAGGCAGAUCAAGGAGGCUUUCGCGAAAUCGGAGGAGGAGCUCAAAAAGAAAAGCGGAAAGCAUUCCGCGAGUAAACAGGACCGUUCAGAGAAGGCGAGAGGGUCGUCGGCCAAAGAGAGGAACGACCUCACCCGAAAAAAUUCUGCCCCGAUGGACCGGGCGGCCGGCGCGAGCGGGACCCCCAGGACCCCCCGUGCUCCCCGCGCUGACGCGGCGGUGCAGACCGGUCCGGUCCGUCUCGGCUCCGCCGCGGCCUCCGGGGAGGUGUCGGACGCGAUCGGCGAGUACGCGGAGAAGAUCGAGCAGAUGCGGGAGCUGCACGCGGCCGAGAUCAUGGACAUGGAGGCCCGGCACAUCGCCGAGAGCGAGGGCCUGAGGGGAGAGGCGGGGGCGCUGCGGGAGGAGUGCCGAACCCUCAAGGCCACCAUCGAGGACCUCCGCCAUUCAGAGGCUGCUUCACCUCAACUGGAGCACCUUCCAGCCUCACAGUUCAGAGAUGGAUCCAUGAGUGACAGCGGCUCAGACUGGAGCCAGCACACAGGUCAUGACCCCCCCGCUCUGCAGCAGGAGUUCCGAACCACGCCAGAAGGAGCCAGAAGGGACAAUGAGACUGAUGUACUUCCUGACAGAAUUAAGAGUUUGCUGAGAGAGGUGCACCAGGAGGGCAUGCAGGUGCUUUCUCUCUCGGAGCUCCCCGGGCCAGAGGCAGAGGCAGAGGCAGAGGGGGGGCGAGGGGAGGCAGCUGCAGCCCAGCCGAAGCAGCAAGGCUGGCUGAGGGAAAGGGCGUCGCUGCUAGCCUCGGUGGAGAGCCUGAAGGCCCUCAUAUCCACAAUGCAGGUCCACGGAGAGAGCCAGGCUCGGGGCCCCUCGGGCGGGGCCGGCGAAGACUGGCGGGCGGAGCUCCUGGAGGCCGUGCGGCGGGUGUUCGCGGCGGAGCGCGGCGCGCUGACGAGCUCCGCCCACUCCCGUCUGGAGCGGCUGGACACCAGCGACGCCGUCGUCUGCCUCAACCAGCUGGAGCGUGAGCUUGCUGAACAGGAGGCUCUGCAGAGGGAAGCUAUGGGGAUCCUUCAGAGUGCAGACAGAACCAGUCUGCUAAUGGAGGUCAGGCAGCUCAAGGCCCAACUGCAGCACCUCCAGCAGGACCCCAGGGUCACAGGUGUGGCUGACCAGCGGCCCGUUUUGGAGAAGCUGGCCGGGGACCAUGAUGCCCCGUGCUCCGAGAGGAUGUUGCUGGAUGAGCUGAAGGCGGAGCUGGCCCAGACCAGACUGGAGCUGGAGAGCACGCUGAAGGCUCAGCACAAGCACCUGACCGCGCUCGACACCCUGAGGACCGAAGUUACCGAGAAGGCUGCCGAGGUGGACCUUCUUAACAAAAAACUGAUAAAUGAACAACGGAAGUCCAGGGAGCUUCAGUGGGCUUUUGAAAAAGAAAAAUGUAAAUCGGAGAAAAAGGACCAGAACGAAAGAGAAGAUCUGGAGGACGUGAGGCUGCUGUUGAAGGAGCAGCAGACGAAGGUGGCCCAGCUGACUGAGGCUGUAGAGAAGGAGAGGAGGACGUCGGACCAGCUCAAGCAGCAGGCGGACCGCGGCCACGCCCAGCAGCAGUCCCUGCUGUCCCGCGAGCAGAGCCGCGUGUCGGAGCUCCAGGUGCAGCUGGAGUCGGCGCAGGCCAGGGCCCAGGAGCUGGGGAGCGCCCUGGAGCGGGAGAGGGAGCUUCGCGGCCAGCCGAAACCUCGGCAGCAGCAGCCGGGGAGUCCGCGGCACGCAGCCCAGGCAGAGGAAGUGCAGGGCGAGGCAGCAGAGGAGGCGGUCGUGGAGUCUCUGCGGUCGCAGCUGGACGACAAGCACGCGCAGGUGGUGCGGCUGCUGGGCGAGGCGGAAGGCCUCAGGCUGGAGGCCAUACAGGCCAGGCUGGAGCGCGACGAGGAGGGCCGGCUCGCGCGGCUCGCCCAGGAGGCCCUGCGGGAGGCGCAGGAGCAGCUGCGGCAGCUGCGGGCGCAGGCGCAGGAGCUGCGGGCGCAGGCGGACGGGACCGAGCAGCAGGCGCUGCGGCUGCGGCGGGAGAGAGACGAACUGCAGGACCGGGUGUCGCGGCUUCAGGGCUUCGCCGAAACGCGGCAGCCCGACACUCAGGCGGACCUGUGUCGAGCAGAGGACGAGUCCGGCAUCCGUACACAAGACUGGGUAUCGCUGGAGAAGGUGCCGGAAGCGGACUCCAGCUUCAUUUCUCUACAUGAAAUAACCGCAGCGACUGCAAACCCGAAGCUUAUGGACAAGAUCAUCAACCAGCUGCAGCACAUUGCUGCUAAGAUAAACGCCAUGACAAGUAAUACUACAGGAAGGGUGACCCUUGAGGAGGCAGACUGUGAGGGCCUGCAGAACAGUGUGCGGGGCGUGGUAUCCCUGCUGCAGCAGGUGCAAGCGCUGUCUCCUGCCCCACAGAGCACGGCCCCGCCCGCCGGCGGCUCCUCGAACUCGCUGACGGAGCGGCUCCUGAGGCAGAACGCCGAGCUGACGGGCUUCGUCAGCCGCCUGACUGAGGAGAAGAACGACCUGCGCAACGCGCUGGUCAGACUGGAGAAGGAGCUGAGGCUCGGCCGCCCGUGGGGCCCGCCGCCGGCCAACGCUCGCCACGGAGGGGCCGGUCGCGCGGACGGCGUGGAGUCGCUGCUGGCGUCGGCGCGCGAGGGCUGGGAGAGCGAGCGGACGCAGCUGGAGAAGCGUCUGCGGCAGUCGGAGGCGGAGGCGACGCGCCUGAGGGGAAAGAUCCGCAGCGAUGCGCUCUGGGACUUCGCCGACUCCGACGCCGAUGGUGCGGCACUCAAGAGGAUCUAUGUGAAAUACCUGCGGGCGGAGAGCUUUCGGAAGGCACUCGUUUACCAGAAGAAGUACCUGCUGCUGUUGCUGGGCAGCUUUCAGGACUGCGAGGCGGCGACGCUCGCCUUGAUCGCCCGGAUGGGCGGCCGAUCGUCCCAGAGCCUGGACGCGGCCAGUCAGCGGCCGAGAGGGUUCACCCGCUUCAGGUCCGCGGCGCGAGUCGUCAUCGCCCUCUUCAGAAUGAGGUACCUUGUGAAACGAUGGUACAAGACCGCGGAGGCCGGCUCCAUCUCCUCGACUGUCCACAGAAACGGCCAGGGCCAGAUAACAGCAAACGAAGGGCGAAGAGAGUCGCCGUAUCUGCGUCCGGGGAGCGUGGACGGGUACGGAGAGCUCCGGGGAUCCAGCCGCGGGCAGACGGGCAGAGACUCCGCCAGGUUUAACACGGUUCCCACGGAAACGGGCAGCCUGGUCUGCUCUCAUCUCCAGAACUACGACCCUGACAGGGCCCUGAGCGACUACAUCUCCAGGCUCGAGGCACUGCAGAGGAGGCUGGGAAGCGUGCAGUCAGGGUCUUGUUCCUAUGCUCAGCUGCACUUUGGAAUACGAAGAUAAGACUUGCUUAUGUGUAAAGAGGCUUGAAGCCUCAGAUACUUUUUAAUUUUGCAGAGCUGCGGUGUUUGUAUGACUAUCAUGUGUAUAUUUCUGGGACCAAAAUAAUUGUGUAAUAAUUGGCUUUCUUGCCAGCAUAUGAAACGGCUUCUGUGUAAAUGAGUCUGCUUAUCGGUUGUUCAUAAUUAUAAUCACAAUCUAAAUGUAUAUUUGUGGAAUGCUAAUUUAAAGUGAUUAAUUUAUACUGUGUGUUGUGUAAGUGGAAGAAAGAAUAGAAUGUUUUUGUUUUUUGUUUUUUUUUUUGGUGUGAAGGCUGCUGCAGGGUAUACUACACUGUGUUUUAUUCGACUGCUACUACAGACAGACCACAGAAGACAUUUGUAGACAUAUUUUUGUAAAGGUACGAGCUUUGGAUUUUAUGGGCAUUUUUUCAAAUUUAAAAUAAAGAUUAAUAUAACAUUUCAA